CUGUUCUCCUCUCCCCUUUUAACUUUCUUUCUGAAACAGGAUCUUAAGAAUCUCAGACUAGCCUCAAACUCUUCGUGUAGCCAAAGAUGGCAUUAAACUCCUGAUCCUCCUGCCUGUCCUCCCCAAUGCUAGGAAUACAGGCAUGGGCUGCCUGGCUUAUGAGGUUUUCAUACAAGUGUAUAUUGUAUGCUGAGCAUGAAAAUGUUUAUCAAGUGAGUAGCUGGGAAGGUGAGGGCUGCUUCGCGGCUGAGUGUGCUCUAUGGACCAUGUGCUGCUAUGGAUGCCUGAAGUACUUGACCUGCAGCUUGGGAAGACUCAGCCAUCUCCAUGCUGGGCUGGAUUAAGUGCCUGAUGAGGAUGUGGUUUCAGCGAGUUGGGGUCAGCAUGCAGUCGGUUCUGUGGUCUGGAAAACCAUAUGGUUCAUCUCGAAGUAUUGUAAGGAAAAUUGGUACCAACUUAUCUCUGAUUCAGUGUCCAAGAGUUCAAUUUCAGCUUACCAGCCAUGCAACAGAAUGGAGUCCCACGCACCCAGGAGAGGAUGUGGUGGCAACUUUUGCUGAUGUUGGAUGGGUAGCCACCGAUGAAGGAGAAUGCUCAACAAGACUCAGGACAGAAGUCAGGUCCAAGCCUCCUCUUGAGAACAACCCUCCUUGCUUUGAGAAGCCCCCAAGCAGGGGGCUUACCAUUUCCUUACCAAACUCGUCUCAAGACAAGCCUUCCCCAAAGACAACACUAGCCAGCGAGGAGGCCUUGCAGAAGAUCUCUGCACUUGAGAAUGAGCUUGCUGCCCUUAGAGCUCAGAUUGCCAAGAUUGUGACCCUGCAGGAGCAACAGAGUCCAAGUGCAGGUUGCUUAGAUUCUUCCACACCUGUUAUUGUAGCACCACCACCGCCGCCACCGCCGCCGCCUCCUCCCCCCCCCCCCCCACCAUUGGUGCUCCACCCAAGUACAUCUGCUCUUGAUCUGAUUAAAGAACGAAGAGAGCAAAGACUCAGUGCUGGAAAGACUCUGGCUAAGGGCCAUCCAAAGAAGCUUGACAUGCCAAAUAUGCUAGAGAUCCUUAAAGACAUGAACAGUGUGAAGCUAUGGCCAGUCAAGAGGUCAGAGAAAGAUGAAAAACCUAGGCCAGUGGAUAUUACUGACCCUGCUGCCCUCAUAGCAGAGGCUCUGAAAAAGAAGUUUGCAUAUCGGCAUCGACACAAUAGCCAAGGAGAAGCUGAAAGAGGAAUUCCAAAGCCAGAGUCAGACGCAACCUCAGAACCAGCCCUGUUUGGCCCACAUACAUUGAAGUCUACAGGGAAAAUGAAGGCUUUAAUUGAAAAUGUUUCAGACUCCUAAACGGACAAUGAAUUCAGAAAGACUCCUGGUUUACCUGUUGGCUUGCAGAGCUGAGUUUGGCUAGUAGAAAUCACCAGUAUUUAGUAAAUUCCUGACUGUAGUGCUCAUUGGUCUCCUUCUUAGCCUAAUUAGAGGAGUAAGAAGUGGUGAAAGCACCGGAAGUUGGUUUGGCUCCUAGAAGAUGGUCAGUUCUGGAGCUCUCCUUAUCACACAUGUAUUAUGUGCAUUUUCAGUUAACACUAAAGUCUGUGCAAGAGUUUUAUAUGCAUACGUUUGGAUACAAAGAUGUAAAAGCUCCCAGUGACUGGCAUCAGCGAGGACACCCUUCCUCUGCAUUGGGAGGUCACUAGUCAGCGAUGGAACACUGAUGCCGUUAGCAUAGCACACUAUUGGAGCUGGGAAUGCUGCGGACAGGACUUGAGUAUAUUCUCACUUCCUGCUUUCUGGAGCUGAGUUUACAUAAACAGCAGAAGAUGCUUCCUGCUGAGUCUCUGUAUUGCUUUCUGUUAGAGGGAAGUGAGGACCAGGAAGGCUGUGUAAACCUCAUUACCACUCAAUACUGAGAGGCAAAUGUACUUCUCAAGUAGUGACAAGUCAAAUUACUGAAUUAAAUCAUUUCUUAAAUAAAAAAAAGGAAA